AUGAGCACCGUUCAACGACAGGUUUUUUCCAAUCUGGAACGUUCCAAAUCCAUUUUGGACGAUGAUAAACUGCUUCCGACCAGCGACUCUUUUCUCGUCAACCUUCAGCAAGCUCUAGAUCUCCCGCACACGCCUGCGAGCCCAGACUCAGCUACUGGCGACUUUGCCGGCUCUCUCAAAGAGUUCUCUGCUACUUCCUGGCCUAUUCCACCGUCCUCGACUCCUAACAAGCAACUUGUUGUCUCAUCAGAUCGAGAAAUGGAAAGAUCUCCCGCCAACGACGCGCAGUCGCAAUGCCUCUCCUUCUGCGGCAGUGUCAUCGCCUCGUAUGACAGUAUUGCCGAGAAAAUGUCGGGGUACGCCGGCUUGGUGUCCCACCUGCCGCACUCCUUCGUUGUGCUCGCAAAGGAGGUACUAGGCGCCUGUGAUGAGCUCUCCUCCAUCUACGGUGGCCUCUCCAACGCGGUGCCCGGCCAGACUUUGCCCGCUGAUCUCAUUACCGUCAUGAAGAAGAACUUGCGAGGUGCCCAAGACCAGGCGCUUGUCCUUGAUCAAGUCGUGACCAAACUUCUCGAUCAUGAACGAAAGGGCGCCAUGAGCCGUCUGCGCCGCGGGUUCGGUAAGAUGUUCAGCGACAACCACAUCGAAAGAGUGACGAGCGGAGUCACCAAAACGCACGAGAAUCUCAAAGUUGGAUCUCUCCUGCUUCAGUGGAAGGUUGGAUCGCCCCGCACCGAAAGCGAGCUCGGUAUCGGCUGUAUUAGUCUCGCCGCCGCCAUUGAAACCGCCACGGGACAGCCACUGAAGCGAUACGGCUACGCCAAGAGUAUGCACACCGAUGAUGCUGCAUCGUACCAUGCACCGGCUAUGAGCUCGGCAGCAUCGCAGCAUCGCAGCAUCGAUGAUCAACGUGCCCUCAGUCGUCAACAAACGAACCAUGUGGCGAGCCCCCCUCUCAACAGCCCUCCUCUCAAUAUCAUCCACAAUGACAAAGCGUCCUCGGUCAACCACGGCUCCCUUCAUGGCAUGAGUUCGGUUUUCUCGAGCGCUGAGGACAGCUCGGCGACGAGAUACACGAUGAGCUCGACGGAAAGCUCCAACGAUGGACGCGCCCGACAAGCGAAGAGAUUGCCAAUCCACAACGAGUGGGACAAGCCUGAUGAGAACACCGAGUCUGCACUCGAUAGUAUCGUCGAGGAUAUCAAGGGGCUCGAUCUUGAUAGCUCCGAAGUUGUGCGCAAGAAAAGUCUACCACUGGACAUGCCUCAUCGUGAGCCACGAACCAUGGUAGCUCGUGAUAAGCCCAACAGCGCUGAAGCCCUCGUCUCCGCUAUACGUGCCGGUGAUCAUAGAGCCGUGCAGGAGCUUCUCGACUGUGGAGCUCCGCCUGACACUGGCGCCGAGUCGCAUGCUCUCAACGACGCCAUUUCCGGCCGUGAUAAUGAGGGUGUGCGCCUGCUUCUCUUGUAUGGUGCGAGCCCCAACGCAUUAGACAGGGAAGGCCAGAGCCCGUUGGCAGUUGCCGCAGACAAAUCUAGUCUCGAAGCAGUCAUUGCUCUACUCAAGUACGGGGCGAACCCGAAUUCUGCUGCCAGAGGAACUCAAUCGGCGUUGUCCAUUGCCGUUUCCGCUGGUAACGCGCAGAUCGCUCAUGUUCUGCUCAUAUUCGGUGCAACUCCAAACCAGAUGACAAGCAGCGGCAAUACCCUUCUGAUUGAGUCGAUUGGCAAGAAGUCGCCAAAAUCGCUCACCGCCAUGCUGCUCAAGUAUGGGGCGGCUCCCAACGAGAAGAGCCGCGAGGGAAAGACGGCGCUGUUCGAAGCCAUCACCAACGGAAGAGACGACAUUGUAGGUGAACUGAUCAAACACGGGGCAGACCCCAACCUGCCUGGCCCGAAGCACAUGUUGUGGCCGGCGCAGAGCUACCCAGAGUGCUUGCGAAUUUUGCUAGCCAACGCUGCCGACCACAAGAAGACGCCUGGCAUCAUGGAGCUGGCCACGAGCAUCAACAGCAUAGAUUCCAUCCGUCUUCUUCUCAAGGCGGGAGUGGACCCCAAUGCCAAGAAGGACGGCGUCUACACACCGCUGUGCACGGCAAUUCGCGAUAACCGCGCCGACAUCUUUGAGCUGCUGCUUCGCAACGGAGCGGAUCCCAACGUGCCGGCAAGCGAGUAUCCGGCAUUCAAAUGCAUCACGCACCACCGCGAGCACUUCUUGCCGCCGCUGCUUGCGGCGGGCGCCAAGCUCGAUACGCCCAAGGGCAUUGCCGAGACUGCAGUGGCUUAUAAAAACCUCAAGGUUCUCAAGUGGUUGCUCGAAAAGGGCAUCGAUGUUGACGACAAGUGCCCCAAGGGCUACACGCCACUGACCACGGCCAUUCGCGAGAACAAUAUUGAAGCAGUUGAGACACUGCUGGCGUACGGCGCGAAUCCGAAUGUUCGCGGCCAGGACUGGCCAGUGUGCAUGGCCGUGCGUUACCCGUCCAUUCUGAAGCGAAUCCUGUCUGUGCUCCAGGAGCCCCGCGCCUUCAAAGGUGUCAUGGAAAUGGCUGUCGUGGCCGGCCAGCUACAAUCGGUCAAGCUGCUGCGUGCCGCCGGCGUAUCGGUGGAAGACCGCAACGGCGGCGUCUUUUCGCCGCUGACGUCGGCUAUUCGCGAGUAUCGCACCGAGAUUGUGGCUUUCCUCAUUGGCGAGGGCGGCGCCGAUGUCAAUGCGCCAGGCGAGCACUUGCCCAUUGUCAAGGCUUUGCGACGCAGACAGACGGACAGCACGGAGAUUAUCGACAUGCUGCUCGAAAAGGGCGCCGAUCCGAACAAGAUGUACCGCGGCUGGAACGGCAUCAUGCAGGCCCUCGAGAAUGGAGACUUGGAUAUGCUUAAGAAGUUGGCUGGCAAGUCUGGUGUCGACCUCGAUGUUCGGGAUGAGCUCGGACGCACCGUCACGGAGAUUGCCAUCUCGCGCCGGUGGGAAGAUGCUGUCAAUGUCUUACUCUCAAACAAGGCCAAGUCGUCGUGA